CUUAUUCCUAUGGCGAGCGACACGCAUUCUGACCAUGGUCUGAGGGGCAGCACUGUCGUUGUCGCCAUCGUUGUGCCAGCUGUCUUUGUCACCAUUGUCCUCUCUCUCAUCGUAGCUGCCUUCAUCCUUCCUAGAUUCGGACGCGGUGGCAAAAGUUUCUCUGCGAUCAAAGGACAGCGCAUGCAACAGCGACUCGAAGAGAUCAACAAGGUCAUCAAAACACAAAAUUACUACGAAUGGCGCACGAGCCAGCGGUCAGAGAAAGACUCGAAGACUUUCCUGGCGCCGGAUCCUCUAUGCGCAAUAUGCCUCGAGAACUUCGCUGAAGAUGCGCAAAUCCGCGGCCUCCGGUGCUCACAUGCUUUCCACGUGCAUUGCCUCGACGAAUGGUUCUCACGUUUUAACGAAUUCUGCCCACUAUGCCAUCGAACCAUCAUUCCAGGAAAGAAAGUUGCAAAAAAGGAGGCAUAUCCAGAGUCUGCCACAGUGCCAUUGGCUUUCAUAGUCUGACUAAGAAAACGUAAAUCGUCUCUGGCAGAAUGUCAGUUCAUGCAUGAGCUACUUGAGAACGAUCGGAACUAGAGCCGACCACAGGACAACACAUCUACACGCCACGUCCCAGUUCUAUGCUGCA